AUGAUGACUCCACGCAGGGGACGCAUAUCUAAGGAUGGCCAUUAUAACUUCUUUAUAGUCAACGUGGCUGGUUACCUGAGACCCCAAAAGGCGCCCCUGAUGCAACUAAGUCCAUUGAGAGCCAAAGCCACCCUAAGAAUUUCUCCCAAUUAUGCCACGCUCUGUUCCAGUUCGCAAACCGUCCCAUCGUUAACCCUGUCAAUUCAUCAAAGGGCCGACUUCCAAAUUCGGUUCGGAGAACCUUCCCUCCCCCUCCCUCCCCCCGAAGCAGAGGGCGAAAUCAUAUUCCAAUUAAGAUCUCCUUUUCCAAUUAGCCGUGCUAAAGCCAGAGACGGAAGAAGGGUGACAGCGGGCCUUACCCUCCGUCAAUCUUGUGCAACAUGUUAA